GAAAGGUUCCUGCCAUCGAAACAGUUGAAAAAAAAUGCCACUACAAAAAAAAAGAGGAAGAAGGGGUAGGAGGAAAAAAUUAUGAAGUAUAUAGAAAAAGAGAAGUGAUGAGAAAAAAAAGUGUUAAAGAAAGGAAGCUAAGGGAUGAGAGGGACAAGAGGGAUGAGAGGGACGAGAGGGAUGAGAGGGACGAGAGGGAUGAAAGGGACGAGAGGAACAAGAGGGACGAGGUGAAAGAGAGGGACGAG